AUGAUUAUUUCAUCUGCUAUUCGGAACCUUCCGAACGCUGAUUUCUUGAAAGCCUAUUAUGGUAAACAUAAAAAACAUAACGAAGAAUUUAAUAACUUAAUUAAUAAGUUGUUUCUUUGGGAAAGUUUACGAUUGUCUUUUUAUAUUAAUCGGAGUAAGCAGUGUGGUAUACAAUCCAUUGAAAUUUGCAACUAUUGUUUUAUUCAUGCAACUUCUCUAGGGGUACAUUUGCUUCGACACAUAUUAAGACCAUACUCACAAUCCGCUUUAGAAAAGAAUGAAGGGGCUUACGAACUUCUAACACCAAGCGAAGUUAUUCCAAGAAAAAAUGAAUUAACAAUCGAUGACGAGGAGAAGUUGACAACCACGGUCUCCCCAGGCCUCAGAGUCGUCCUUAGGGUCAACUUGAGGGAUGACUGCGCAAGAAACAGCAGCGACAUUGUACAACAUGUUGGCUUUAAGAUGAAGUGCUUCAAAUCAACUAAGGGUGCUCUCCAACAAAAAGACAAUGGGGUUAGUAUUCCGUUCUGCUGGGAUUCAAGAAUUUUGGAGUAUAACGACCAUCAGAUUAAAUGGUGUGUAACAGACCAUCUGAAUCUCCGAAAAAACGCACAGAUGCACCUCCAAACAAAUCCACAACAAAUUACAGGAAACGCUGCUACUCAAACAUAUUCUUUCUUGUAUCACUAA